AGGGAUGUUCCGGUACUUCAUGGUGGAUAUAAAAGGCAAAAGACACUUUAGACACACUGCAAACUAUCUUGGGUAGUACUCAAGUUCAGAGGCACUUGGUAGUAAUCAACAAUCUUGGUAGUAAUCAACUUGCAGUCAUGUCGGCAAUGCGGAGCAGCCCAGGAGGUAAACCUCACUUCGGCCCAUGGCUUAUAGAGCAGGUGAAAAGCCGCCAAUAUGAGGGAUUGUACAUGAUCGACAAUGAUACUUUUCGGAUACCCUGGAAACACAAUGGACGUAGAAACCUAGAGGAUGAGGACGUCAAAAUAUUUAAGGAAUGGGCUGUAGUUAGUGGUAAAAUCCAGGAGUACCCUCACGACAAAGCAAAAUGGAAGACGAAUUUCCGUUGUGCACUUAAUAGCCUGAAAAACCUCCAGAUUGUAUAUGACCACUCCAAAGACCAGGAUGAUCCUCACAAAAUUGUCCGCAUCAUACGUACUCAGAAUCACCAAGUGACCCAGAACGUCGAGCCGAAUGUGCCAAUCAUUCCACAGGUGUACAAUACAACUGACAUGUCUCAAGAUAUGGAGCAAGACUUGCUUAACCAGAUGGAUACUAUAGAUCUGAAUCCACAAUAUCCAGAGCCCCAACCAUGGGAGACCUCCCAACAAAACAUACAGCCUGGCAUGAGCUACAACGGAUCCCCCGACUCAGGUGUGCAGGACCUUUGGAAUAACACGCCACCCCCUGUUCAGCAACCACAACCUAUAGAGAGCCCCACCAUCUUUUCUCUCUACGACCUGGAGAUCACUAUUAGCUACAGAAAAACAGAGGUUUUCAAAGAAAGCCUGAAUUCACAAUUGGUACACUUUCACUACCAGUGUGAACCCACUGAGCUGAAGGGAUUCCCCUUACGCUUCCCGUCCACCGAGAAUCUGGUCGACCGCGUACAGAUCAAAUACACUGAAAAAAUCCUAGAGAGCAUUCAGAGAGGCCUGCAACUGGAAAUCACACCGAAUGGCGUUUACGGCUUCCGUCAGGACAGAUGUAAAGUCUUCGUCAGCACCAGUGAGCCCUCGGAGAUCCAAAACCCAGAACCCAGGAAACUUCACCAGAACUUCAAAGAGGAACUGUUCAGCUUCGAGAAGUACAUAAGAGAUCUAAGGGAUUUCGCAGAAAAUAAACGAGGGUCUCCGGAUUAUACAAUCUACCUUUGCUUCGGGGAGAAACUGCCGGAUGAAAAACCACUGAAUAAGAAACUUAUCAUUGUCAAAGUUGUACCGCUGAUAUGCCGUGAACUUCACAUGAGGGCUCAGAACAACGGAGCGUCAUCUCUUCUGAAUGAAAAUGUUAGCUUGCAAAUAUCUCAUAACAGCCUUUUUGACCUUAUAAGUUCUUUGGGUCUGCCUUCGGCGGAUUGGAAUGCACCCUAAAUCUUGACAAUGUUUUUUUUUUAGAAAUAUGCAGGGGUGUAACCCCCCCACCCAUAUUUAUUCAGUAAUGAAUGAAAACAUGUACAGUUGACACUUCAGCCACACAUCUUUGUAUAUAUGUAUGUAUAGUAUAUAGUAUAGUAUAGCAUAUUGCACUGCUAACAAAAUAAAAAGUUAGAGCACUUAUCAGCAGAAAUUUCCAUGGGGAUUUUUUUAGGUGAUUUAGUCUUAGUCUUGUAAUAGGCCAGAAGUUAUGUGAGAAAAGGCCCGGUCUUUCUGAUAUUUUUUUUUAAUCUUACUGAAACUGUAUUUUUCAAAUGAGCAGAAACUUUGUCUUUGUCAAUAUCUUUUAUUUUUAUAUCAUUUAUAUCUUCUUGUGAAGAGUCUUGCACACAUCGUCCCAAAGAGACGAAUUUGCAUUGCUUAUGAUAGUUUAUUGCUUCUUUGCACAUAUUGUAAGUUUGGUGUCAUAUUGCAAAAUAAAUGAAUCACUAUUUAAACCCAGU